UCUUUCCCCAGCUCUACCUCUGCAACUUGACUCUUCUCUAGAAAGAGCACUCAGCUGACCAGGAAUAUGGCCCCAGGGCCCCUGACGACCAGGGAUGAGAUUUUCUCAUCCUUAAGACUAGGCAGCAUGUGAACUUGACAUAAUUGGAUAAAGUUAACAUUUACUAACCCCCUAAAUAGAUACCAGAAUUUCUUUGCAGAAAAUCUCAACUUGAUCUUAAUACUGGGUUCAUAUGGUGGACAGUUGCCUGUUAAUGUACAAAUUAAAAAUGACUGACGUCAUCAGAACCAUUGAGAACUGUGCGUCUCUCCUUUGUCAAAUCUUGUAUACCUUUAAGAGAACAUGUUUAUGUAGUGCAUGCAGUUCAGAGUGUUCCUUAAGGUAAACACUAAGAAAAUACUAAAAGAAAAACUGAAAAGAGAAGAAAGAAAUUAAGUGUGACACUACAAAAAAAAUCAGUAAAUAUAAAAAAAGGCAAGAAUGGAGGAACAAAAGACACAACAAACAACUAAAUGGUAUAACAAUGAACAUAGUGUCACUGAAAUUAAAAAUACCAUUGAAAUCACUUAAAGAGAUUCUAAGGUGUCAAUCUAACAAAACAUAUGGAUUUGUAUGCUGAAAAUCACAAAAUGCUGAUGGAAGAAAUCAGAAGACAAUAAAUGGAGAGACAUACCACAUUUGUGGAUUUGAACAGUCAACAGAGUAAAAAGAAUAAUAAGGCAUUAAUGGCCUUCAGGGAUGUGGCUGUGGCCUUCACCCAGAAGGAGUGGAGGCUACUGAGUCCUGCUCAGAGGACCCUGUAUCGGGAUGUAAUGCUGGAGAACUACAGCCACUUGGUGUCGCUGGGAAUUGCCUUUUCCAAACCCAAACUCAUCACCCAGCUGGAGCAAGGGGAUGAGCCCUGGAGAGAGGAGAGCGAAUGUCUUCUGGACCUUUGUCCAGCAGAACCAGGAACAGAAUUCCAGCCAUGUGUCCAUUCCUGCCCGGUGGCCUUUUCCAGUCCACAGUUCCUUCAACAGUACGUGCUGUGCGGUCACCUUCCUCAGAUCUUCCCAAGCUCAUGUGCAGGAAGCCCCAUCUCAACGGAAGCUCCAAGCUGCUCAAGUGAACAAGGAGAUGAGGAAGAGAUAGAAGGGAGACUGGAGCUGAGUGGGGUUUCCCGGGUGCUCUUCAGAUCCUCUCAGGGUCGGCCAGUAGACUGGGUAGAAGGCAAAAGAGCUGGGGGAGUAGACCAGGGGAUGGGUCCUGAAGAAGCAGACCUUUCAGCAUCUGGAGCAGCCAUGUGUGGGAAGUACAGACUAGGACUUGGUCCCAAAUCCAGUCUCUUAAGCCUCCAGAAACAUCACGUAUGUCCCGAAUGUGGCAGAGGCUUCUGCCAGAGGUCAGACCUCACCAAGCACCAAAGGACACACUCAGGAGAAAAGCCUUACAGCUGUAGGGAGUGCGGGCGAGGCUUUGGCCGCAAGUCCUCCCUCACCAUCCACCAGAGGAAACACUCAGGGGAGAAGCCUUAUGUGUGUCGGGAGUGUGGCCGCCACUUCAGGUACACGUCCUCACUUACCAACCACAAGAGGAUACACUCUGGGGAGAGGCCCUUCGAAUGUCAGGAAUGUGGGCGAGGCUUUCGCCAAAAGAUCGCCCUGAUCCUGCACCAGAGGACACACUUGGAGGAGAAGCCCUUUGUGUGUCCCGAGUGUGGGAGAGGCUUUUGCCAGAAGGCAUCGCUCCUCCAACACCGAAGCUCACAUUCGAGUGAAAGACCCUUCUUGUGCCUUGAGUGUGGGCGUGGUUUCAGGCAGCAGGCACUGCUCCUCAGUCACCAAGUCACACACUCAGGGGAGAAGCCUUAUAUCUGUGCUGAAUGUGGGCAUGGCUUUCGCCAGAAGGUCACCCUUGUCAGACACCAGAGGACACACACAGGGGAGAAGCCUUACCUGUGCCCUGAGUGUGGCCGCGGCUUUAGCCAGAAGGUCUCCCUCAUGGGACACCAGAGGACACAUACAGGGGAGAGGCCUUACCUGUGCCCUGAGUGUGGGCGUGGCUUUGGCCAGAAGGUUACCCUCAUCAGACACCAGAGGACACAUACAGGGGAGAAGCCUUACCUGUGCCCGGAGUGUGGACGUACCUUUGGCUUCAAGUCGCUUCUCACCAGACACCAGAGGACACACUCAGGGGAGGCGACUGAUGUGUACAGAGUGUGUGAGCAAGGACUGGGCCAGAAGUCUCACUUCACCUCUGACCAGAGGACACACUCAGGGGAGAAGCCGUGCGUGUGCGGUGAGUGUGGGCGUGGCUUCGGCUUCCGGUCGGCCCUCAUCAGACACCAGCGCACCCACUCAGGGGAGAAGCCGUAUGUGUGCAGGGAGUGUGGCCGAGGCUUCAGCCAGAAGUCUCACCUCCACAGACACAGGAGGACCAAGUCUGGCCAUCGCCUCCCACCUCAAGAGCUGCUCUCCUGACCUUUCCUUUCCUCACGGUUGUGAAGAUGGCAGAAAGCACUAGGAAAUGUUCCACUUUCUUCAAAUGCAGUGGAGGGGAAAAAAAUGUGUUUUCAAUGAUUGUAAGAUCAUUCAUUUAUGGUUUAUUUUCUGUACUAGCGAUGGCUUUGAUUUGCUAAAGCUGCCAUUAAAAAAACGCCACAAACUUGAUGGCUGAAGAACA